AUGGCAGCUACUCAAGGUGUUCCACGGCAUUUCCAGGUGUCCAGGCUUAUCAACAUUGCACAAACUUCGCAGUUUGCGUGGUUUGGAGGCCACCUUGUUGUCUUAACAUGCGCUUUACUGUAUUUGCUGACUUUCCGGGGCGGAGCUUCGAGCCUACACAACACGCUGUACCGGGUGCUAUACUUAGGGGUGAUUGAGUCGUUCGGCAUCAUUGUUUACCAACAGCAUUUUAAACACCGGGCACAAUCUGCAACAGGUUCAGGACCGGCCCCUACCAUUACACAGCUUUUGCUGCGCGACGAUAACUCUCUGUACGUGGCUAUUGCUGUGAUGUGGUUCUUGACACCCAGAUUGUCUGUGACGAUGAUCCCAUACGUGGUUUUCUCAUUUUUCCACUUUCUCACCUACUUGAAAUCUGUGCUUUUGCCUCAGGUGUUUGAGAUUGGACCGGACUCUAGAUUGACUGUUUUGAUCGACAAUUUUAUUCGCCAGAACAACGACCGCUCGAUGGUGUGGUCGAGUUUCAGCGAACUGGUGUGCGUGGCGGUUGUGUUGGUGCGUGCAUUGCUGUGGUACCCGAGAUCGUGGAUCGUGGCCGUUGUUUACUGUCUUUUCAUCAAGAUCCGGUACGAGACGUCGCCAUACACCCGCAGCGGUGUCAAGAGAUGGGAGGUGCGUCUGGACGGGUUGCUGAGCCACCCAGGCGUGCCCGUGGCGAUCAAGAACGCAUAUGUGCAUUUCAAGAACAAUGUGCGUCAGCUACGAAACUACAACCUGUCGGGGACCCCAGCCAAGUCCAUGUAG